AUGAAGACUAUGAGAUUCCCCCAUGAUCCAGGUGAUGAUCAUUGCUUUAAAAUUGACUUAGUUGAUGAGGAGGUGACUAGCCAAUUUUCUAAAACUUUGGAAGAUGACCCAGCAAAGCAAGAGGUGUUUGAGGAUGAGACAGACAAAUCUAGUGUUGAAUAUGCUCUACUUAUAGAGGGUGACUCUAAGAGGUUCAUGGAGAGGUUUGAACCCUUAUACUUGACUUUGCACAUCAAGCCCCUACCACCAUCCACAGAGGUAGCUCUGAAUAUGGAAUUGAAAGCCCUUCAUACUCACCUGAAGUAUGCCUACCUAGAAGAGCCUUUGACUGUACCUUUAAUCAUAUCUGUGGACUUGACUGUGGAGCAAGAGGACAAACUUAUGAGGUCCAUAAUUUCCUUGUUUGAAUCUCAAUGGAGCACUCUGCAAAUGGUUGUUUUGAGGGAGAUAUUAAUGUCCUCGGUUCGUGCUGGGGAUCCCCUUGCUGCAUGGAGUGCAGCAGCUCGUCUUCUAAGAUCUUUUUAUCCGCUCAUCACACCUGCCGGACAGAGUGGUCUUGCAAGCUCACUUGCAAAUUCUGCAGACAGACUUCGAUCUGGAACACGAUGUGCUGAUCCGGUUCUUCCUUUCAUAAGAUUGCAUUCCUUUCGAAUGCAUCCCUCUCAAAUGGAGAUAAUUAAGAGAAACCCAGCCAAAAAUGAUUGGUGGACUGAUUCAGCUCCUUCAGGACCAUUUAUUUACACACCUUUCAGCAAGGGCGGUACAACUGACAGUAAUAAGCUCGAGUUAAAUUGGAUCGUUGGGGAACCAGAUCAAGUUCUGGUGGAAUUGGCCAAUCCCUGUGCGUUUGAGUUAUCGGUGGAGAGCAUCUAUCUUUCAAUUCAUUCUGGGAACUUCGAUGCAUUUCCUGUCAGAGUAAAUCUUCCACCAAACACAGCCAAAGUUGUUUUGUUAUCAGGAAUUCCAACAAAGAUAGGCCCUGUUUCAAUUCCUGGAUGCAUCGUACACUGUUUCGGCGUCAUCACAGAACAUCUAUUCAGAGAUGUUGAUGACUUGCUUCUUGGAGCUGCACAAGGCCUUGUUCUUUCUGAUCCUUUCAGAUGCUGUGGUUCAGUCAAACUGAAAAAUGUUGUCGUCCCAAAUAUUACGGUGAUAUCGCCUUUGCCGCUACUAGUUUCUUAUGCUGUAGGGGGAGAUGGUGCAAUGAUUUUGUAUGAAGGUGAAAUUCGUGAUAUUCGGAUUCGUCUAACAAAUGCUGGAACAGUGCCAAUCGAACAACCACAUAUAUCAUUAUCAGGGAGGAAUCAAAAUUCUGUUACCUCUAUUGCGCAUGAAAGUUUAAAUUCAGCGCUACCUUUGAAACCUGGUGCAGAGGUUAGCUUUAUAGUGACUAUAAAGGCAUGGAAGCUUAGUUUGGCAGAUUCUGGUCAUGAUCCUGGCAAGAACACUUCUGGUGCUACGAGGGGUGUGUCUACGGAAAGCAGCAAUCCUUUCUUAGUUAUCCACUGUGCUGGGCCAAUAUCACAUACGGAUGAAUUCUAUUCCAGCGAACCAUCUGUAUCUCCAGGAAGGCGCUUGGUUGUUCCAUUGCAUGUUGGUGUCGUACAGGGAUUGCGUUUCGUAAAGGCUCGCUUAUUUUCGAUGGAAAUUCCCGCACGUGUUAGCGUUGCCGUUCCGCAGCGUGUUUCCCUUAACGAAAGUGAUGCUGAAGAGAUUACUGCUCAUAGUAGAAUUGAUAGUUUGGUUAAGAUUGAUCCAUACAGAGGAAGUUAGCUACGGCUUCUCGAACUCGAGUUAUCAAAUCCAACCGAUGUUGUGUUUGACGUUAAUGUUUCAGUCCAGUUCGACACCGCUGAAUUUGGGUGCCCGAAGACCAGAAUCGACCACAACUGCUCUGCGCGUGUGUUGGUACCGCUCGAGCACUUUAAGCUACCUGUUCUCGAUAAUUCCUUGUUCGCUAAAGAUCUAAAAAGCACUGCUUUUGUAAGCAAAUCUUCGAGUUUUGCGGAGCGGAAUACGAAGGCCGAGUUAGCCGCUUCAGUUUCCAACUUGGUUUCAAAAAUAAAAGUAAGAUGGCGAUCAGGGCGAAAUAGUUCGGGUGAGUUGAACAUUAAGGAUGCAGUCCAGGCAGCUUUGCAGACUUCAGUAAUGGAUAUAUUGCUUCCGGAUCCUUUAACUUUUGGAUUCAGGUUAACCAAUGGGAGAUCUAAAACAGAAAAUAUCGCUGAUGCUUCAAAAAUUGUGCAUAGUGAUGUGAUUUAAGCAUUGCACCAGAGUUCUAUAUCAGUACAUGAAAUGACUGACAUCGAAGUUCUGAUUCGCAACAACACGAGGGAGUUGAUCCAAAUGAGCCUUAGUAUCAAUUGCAGAGAUGUGGCUGGGGAUAAUUGCAUUGAGGGCGAUAACGCGACCGUUCUAUGGGCUGGUAUCCUGAGUGGAAUCAGUUUGGAGAUCCCUCCCCUGGAGGAGUUGGUGCAUCCUUUUUCGCUGUAUUUUCUGGUGCCGGGAGAGUGCACGCUGUUAGCUGCAGCUAUAAUAGACGAUGAGAACGAUGUGCUUCGUGCUCGAGCGAGAACUGAUUCAGCAGAUGAACCAAUCUUCUGCCGCGGCUCGCCUUUCAGAAUCAUUGUCACUGUAACUCUUUAAGCUGUGGUUUGCUACUCUCCUAUUUCAGUUUGGUAUUGUAAAUU